CUCCAUUUCAAAUCAAAUCUUCCUCCAAGAAGACAAACUCCAGUUUCAAUAUAAUCUCUAAGUUCGGAACACAACCCAGAAGCAAAAACACUUCCAGAAAACAACCCAACAUUUCAAAAUCAAGCCUUGCUCUCCAAAAUAGACAGACAUGACUGGUUUCAAGAAACUCACUGUGCCACGCCAAUCUUCAUACAAUUCCCUCUACGUUAACCCUUUAACCGAGUCCAGACACAGCCGCUGUUGCAGUGAAGGUGGAGGAGAAGGUGUAAAUACCUUCUCUGACGACAAAGAAAAUGCUGUGCCAAACAAGAAAGAGAAUGUUGCCAGUGAUGAUAAAGAAAAUGCAGCACCAUUAACUAAUGCAAAACAGUUUUCAGCGUUGAAGUCUUUGUCCACCAAAGUAGCUACUGAUGGGGUUAAGCAGGUCUCACAUUUCAAGUCUUUGUCUACCGGGAGGGCCUUGAAGCCGUCGUCGCUUGAGUUUUGUAUGCAGAUGAAUGAACCCGAUAAGGCUUUUGGGUUGAGGUUGUGGGAAGCUAAUGACUCUGAGCAUUCUACUGAGCAUUCUAGUUCUUUGAAGAUUUGGGAUUAUUCGGAUUCGGAGGCUGCCCCGGCUUCUUCUUGGUCUACAUUGCCAAAUAGAGCAUUGUUGUGCAGGCCAUUGCCAUUGGAUAUAGGGAGAUGUACCUGUGUUAUUGUGAAGGAAGCAUGUCCACGAGGGCUAAAAGGCGUUCCUCUUUUCUCACUUUAUACCAAUGAAGGCCAGGGACGACAGAACCGAAAGUUGGCGGUAGCUUACCAUAAGCGACGCAAUGGGAAGUCACAGUUUACUAUAGCUCAGAAUACAAGAGGAAUAAAGUCAAAGACAGAUGAUAGUUUCAUCGGGACAGUGACAGCUAAUCUCAUGGGUUCAAAAUACCAUAUAAGAGAUCAGACUAGCCGUCUCUCUUCAAUCAACAGGCAGUCUAAUCCAGUUCUUGCCAUUGUAAUGUUCAUGCCAACCAUAACCACUUUAACCGGUAGUUACAGAAGCAUGCGCGCAUAUAUACCCAAGCACCAGUCCAUGCUACUGAAGAGUACCACUCACAUAAGCUCGGCAGACUCCAAGGUGCAACACAUUAAUGGACUUCCCAAAGACUGGGAGGGGAAGUUGGAGAAAGUUCAUAAGCUUUCUUCAAGGAUCCCACAGUACAAUAAUAUUUCAAAGCAGUACGAGUUGGACUACAGAGACAGGGGAAGAGCUGGACUUAGAAUUCAAAGCUCAGUAAAGAAUUUUCAGCUGACAUUGGAGGAGGAUGGACGACAAACGAUUUUGCAGCUUGGAAGAGUGGGGAAAUCCAAGUAUGUGAUGGAUUUCAGAUAUCCAUUGACUGGUUACCAAGCAUUCUGCAUAUGUUUGGCUUCAAUCGACUCGAAGCUUUGCUGCACGAUUUGAGUAAAUCAGAAUUUCCAUCUUCUUGCAGUUCAACCUCUGAACUCAGAAGUUUUUAGUAUUGGUUUCGAUUCUUGGUGGCCGCCUAUAUAUGCUCCCCCUCCUUGGUGGAAAAAGCUCUCCAUUUUGUGUAAAGGU